UUACACUAAUGAGCUACACUGUGACACGCGAAGCAAAGACCUGGAGUUAAUAUCUCACCAUCUCACAAAGAAAGGAUCUUUCUUUCUCAUCGUCAAGAUAGAGCCGAGGGUCCAUAUUCCACGCGAAGGUGGGUGGCAACGCCUGAACUGGGAAGCUACCGAAUCUUUCUCCCUCAGAGCCCAAUCCAAUGACGUCGAAGCUGAUUGCUUCCAAUCUCCGCCAACAACUCGCUAAAUCCACCCAUCAAUUUCGCCGUCAACUGCUGUCCACUGCGGCGGUGGCGGCGGAGCCUCAACACCAUGAGGAUUCAACUGGAAUCACGAUGAAAGGUGUGAAAAUUUCUGGAAGGCCUCUUUAUCUGGAUAUGCAAGCAACUUCUCCCGUAGACCCACGGGUGCUCGAUGCGAUGCUUCCCUACUACAUGUCCCGUUUCGGUAAUCCUCACUCUCGUACACAUAUGUACGGCUGGGAAUCCGAUUUGGCGGUCGAAAAUGCUCGCGCUCAAGUAGCAUCUCUGAUUGGCGCCUCCCCAAAGGAAAUUGUCUUCACUUCCGGUGCAACGGAGUCCAAUAACAUUUCCAUAAAGGGUGUCAUGCAUUUCUAUAAGGACAAGAAAAGGCACGUGAUAACGACGCAGACAGAGCACAAGUGUGUUCUUGAUUCGUGUCGCCACCUCCAGCAGGAGGGAUUCGAUGUCACGUACCUUCCAGUUGGGUCCGACGGGAUCAUUGACCUAGAGAAGCUUAGGUCGGCUAUUAGGCCUGAUACAGGUCUUGUAUCUGUCAUGGCGGUAAAUAACGAGAUUGGGGUGGUUCAGCCGGUCGAGGAAAUUGGGAAAAUCUGCAAGGAGUUUAAUGUCCCGUUUCAUACCGACGCGGCUCAGGCGUUUGGAAAGAUUCCAGUUGACGUAGAGAAAUGGAACGUGAGUUUGAUGUCAUUGAGUGGGCAUAAAAUUUAUGGGCCGAAAGGCGUUGGGGCGUUGUAUCUCAGGAGAAGACCGAGGAUUCGAGUUGAGCCCCAAAUGAAUGGUGGUGGACAAGAGAGGGGAAUUCGAAGCGGGACAGUACCUACGCCUUUGGUUGUGGGGAUGGGCGCUGCAUGCGAGCUGGCGAUGAAGGAAAUGGAGUAUGAUGAUAAGAGAAUUUCUGCUUUGCAAGAACGAUUAUUGAAUGGGAUUAGAGAAAAACUGGAAGGGGUGGUGGUGAAUGGGAGCAUGGAGAGGCGCUAUGCUGGAAAUUUGAAUUUGUCAUUUGCAUAUGUUGAAGGUGAGAGUUUACUGAUGGGGCUGAAGGAGGUCGCCGUCUCGAGUGGCAGUGCUUGCACUAGUGCGAGUUUGGAGCCCUCCUAUGUUUUGCGGGCAUUGGGAGUAGAUGAAGACAUGGCUCAUACUUCUAUUAGGUUUGGUAUUGGCAGGUUCACUACAGAGGCAGAGAUUGACAGGGCAAUUGAGCUCACGGUUCGACAAGUGCAGAAGUUGAGAGAAAUGAGCCCACUUUAUGAAAUGGUGAAGGAAGGGAUCAACAUUAAGCAGAUUCAGUGGGCGCAACACUGAUAAUCUUGCCAAUGGUCACAUAGAAAGCUCAGGCAUUAUGUGAGGUGGAUUACGUCCCUUGGAGAUAGUCAAAUAGAUUGUCUAUUCAGCCAAAUAAAUAGCUAUUGUUUAUCCAGGUAGCCUUGUAGAAUCGACUUAGAAGGUGCUGUCGGUGUAAUACUUUUAAUCUUAGCUUACGCGUGGCUGUGGGUAAUGUCUUCUUAGUGAGUGUAUUUUGUUGGCUGAUACUGAAAUUAGAGGAUUAUGACAUGAUAUGGACAACAGAUGAUCAAACUUUGACCUUCU